AUGGCUUUCCUCCUUCACUUCAACACUGUUCUCUGCAGCGAGAAGAAUGGAGGUUCGGGUGGCGGAACCUUCACUUCAAACUACAGAUCCAUCAUGCUCGCGCGUCUUGCGCUUCUCGCUGCCGGGCUUGUCUCCCUAGCCAAUCAUGUGUUAGCCGACAUAGACUGUAACGCGCCAAUCACGAUCGGAAACGCCACCGACGCCGAGCAAGUUCGAAGGGCGUGCAAGGUCAUCCGCGGUAACGUGACUCUCACCGAACAACUUCUCGACACCAUCAACCUCGACGGCGUCGAGGAGAUCUACGGAGAUCUUACGCACUACGGAUGUGAUGCGACUGCCAUCAUCCGCUGCAAGAACUUCCCCAAGGGCCCGUUGGGGUUCUCCAGCUCCACGCUGAGGAAGGUUAAUGGUAGCAUCGACUUCAUGACGUACAACAACCUCGAGAAGCUCAGCCUUCCCAACCUGUCGUAUGUCUGGAACGAGUUUGCCGUCCAGGACACGGCUUCUCUAAAGGAGAUGGAUCUCACCAGCCUCGAGUCUGUUUCAUCGUUUGAGCUGGGAACCACGAAUCUCGAGAAAUUGCACAUGAACGGCAGCAAGGAGCUGCUCCCGGAAUCAGGCUACACUGGCGAACCCAAUCAACACGUCCGAGAUCCCGACCUGGACCCCGGGAAAGGGGCUUCUCCUGAACCCCCAGCCUUGCGCAACGUGCGCACUCUCAACCUUGGCUGGACGGCCAUGGAUAAGCUCGAGGUAUGGGGCACCAAUCUGACAAUCGUGCUCGGCGGGCCCGAGACAAAAUCCAUCUCCUACAAGGAGGUCAUCCUACACGGGGGCGUUCUCGGUAUCCAGCGCGCAGACAACCUGGAAAAUCUACACGUCGGCAAGUUCAGGUUGGAUACGGACCAUGAUGUCACAGACCUGAGCCUCCCCUUUGAUACGGUCGACUCCAUAGCGCUCUUCAACUCUAGCAAGUUACGCUCCCUUUCCCUACCAUCUCAGGCGGAGAACUGGAAGAACCUUUCCUUGACAAUCAGCGGUUGUGGGAGCUUGAAACUCGAGUCAGAGAAUGACGCUGACGGUCAGAAGACGUGGUACUGGCCUAAGAGCUCGAUGGCAAGCGUGAACAUCACCUCGAAUGUGUCAACUUCAUUCUUCGAUUCAUUCAUUGCCAACAAUGUGGAAGUGACCCAGUCAUUCUCGGUCAGCGAUGCAUCGGGGAAGCUUGACUGCGGUAUCUUCGCGAACAGGACGCUUCCGUCGGGCUACACAUGUGACAAGAGUUCAGGGGUUCCCGCUCUGGUGUCUUUUUGGACUGCUAUUGCCGUCCCAGUAGCGUUGAUGUGUAUGCUCGUAUAG